AGUAAUCAUUCAUCGGAUAUUCGGAUUUCAUCACAAUUUCAAUCAAAUCCACUCUCAAAUCUUGUUAAUUUUCAAUACCCAUCUUUCUUUUUCUCCAGUAACGAUGUUUCUGAGAUCUGUUUCAGCAUUUUCUCUCCCCACAAAGCAAGGGGAGAGCAGUUUUAGCUCCUCUGCUUUGUCCAACUGUUCUAAGUUGAGCCCUUCAUCGAUCUCCGCCUUGCCUUCUUUUUCAUCGAGAAAGCAACAAAACGGUGUCGUAGUCUCUGCCGCUGGUGCGACCAACGAAUUUCCGUUAACAGGGGUAUUGUUUCAGCCAUUUGAAGAGGUCAAGAAGGAGAUUGUCAAUGUCCCUGUUGCCCCUCAUAUCUCACUUGCUCGCCAGAGAUAUGCAGAGGAUUGUGAAGCCGCAAUUAAUGAGCAGAUCAAUGUGGAAUACAAUGCGUCCUAUGCAUACCAUGCAAUGUUUGCCUAUUUUGAUAGGGACAACAUAGCUCUAAGGGGCAUGGCCAAAUUUUUCAAAGAGUCUAGCGAAGAAGAAAGAGAACAUGCUGAAAAGCUCAUGAAAUAUCAGAACAUACGAGGAGGACGUGUGAAACUACACUCUAUACUGCUGCCCCCUUCAGAAUUUGAUCAUGCAGAGAAGGGAGAUGCAUUGUAUGCUAUGGAGUUAGCAUUGUCGUUGGAGAAGAUUGUGAAUGUGAAACUUCUGAACUUGCACAGUGUAGCGGACCAUAACAAGGAUCCUCAAUUGACGGAAUUCAUUGAGAGUGAGUUCUUAACUGAGCAGGUUGAAGCUAUCAAGAAGCUAUCUGAAUACGUUACUCAACUGAGAAUGGUUGGAAAAGGACACGGAGUAUGGCACUUUGAUCAGAUGCUCCUCCAUGAGGAUGAUGGUGCUCUUGCUUGAAGUCUUCCCUUUCAGUAUGGCCUGUUCCUAUUGUAGCCACUAGGAUAGAAUUUGCUCACUGAAUAAUGGCGCACCACUAAUGUCUGUCAAUGGGAAGAGGAACGUAGAUGGAUGGGCAUGGGCUUUUGCAGUAGUAGCUUCAUGUUCAAUUAGCUAUAUAUGAUUUCGGGGUUUUGUAUGCUUAUGUUGUGUGUAUUUAACUUUGUUCAUAUUUUUAUGUUCAAGGAUCUUGCUUAAUCCAAAUUUAUGAUUCAAUAA